CUACGAUUCCUUUAUCUUGUAUGCGCAUACUCUAAAUGAAAGUUUGGCUGCCGGAGAGAAUCCUCGAGAUGGAAAACGGAUUGUUAAAAGGAUGUGGAAUAGAACAUUCCCAGGAAUAGGAGGCCCGGUUUUUGUCAACGAAAAUGGAGACCGAGACACAGAUUUUACUCUCCUUGACCUUGACCCUAUCACUGGAAAGUUCCGGGGCGUAGCACAGUACCUAGGUUGGACCCACACGUUCGAGAUAAUCAAAGAUGUCAUCGUACACUGGCCAGGCAGAAUUACAGCCCCACCCAACAAGCCUAAAUGUGGAUUUACGGGCGAGCUUUGUGUGUCCUUUACUUUGGAGCCAACGGCCAUCGUAGGGAUAGGUAUGAGCGCUGCUAUAGUGCUUGUCUUAGUUGUUGGCUUCUUCAUAUAUAGACAUAUGAAGGCCGAGGCGGACAUACACAGUCAGUGGUGGCGGGUCAAGGUCGAGGAUAUAUCUUUGACAAUGGCAUCUUCAUUCUUCUCAAGUCGCAGUAGAAUGCGUGACAUAACGUGCCAGAAUUUGACUCGGCUUAUCGGUCUUUGUCCCGACAACAACAACGUGUGCAUUCUCAUGGAACACUGCUCAAGGGGAAGCCUGCAGGACAUUUUGCACAAUGAAUCCAUACAGCUGGACUGGGAUUUUAAGCUGUCUCUAUUAAACGAUAUAGUUGAGGGUAUGCACUACCUACACUCAAGCUCCAUCGGUGUACACGGCCGCCUCACUAGCUCUCGUUGUGUGAUCGACAGUCGAUUUGUCCUUAAGAUUACUGGGUUUGGACUCAACAUAAUGAACGACACCAACAACCGGAAACAGCACCAGGAUAAUCUAUAUUUAAGCCUACCAGAAUUGCUGUGGAUGGCCCCAGAACACCUCAGGAACUACCCUCCACGUCAGAGUUCCCAGGCAGGCGAUGUAUACAGCUUUGCAAUUAUCAUCUACGAGAUGUGCACCAGAGCAGAACCUUACGUGUCAGAAAUUUGGUAUAAAUCUCUUGAUGAAACACUGGCAAAAAUAAAGGGCGUAGGAACAUUAAAAGUUCGCCCUACAUUGCGAGAGGAGGAUUAUUUCCCAGACGUUGUCAAACUUGCUAAAUGCUGCUGGCAUGAAGCCCCACCUGAAAGACCACCCUUUUCUAACAUCAGAAACGUUGUCAAAAGGAUACGAUUCAAAAGAGAUGCCAAACCGUCUCAAAAUGUACUCGAUGUGUUGUUGAACCGCAUGGAGCAGUAUGCUAACAACUUGGAAGGGCUAGUAGAGGAGAGAACGCAAGCUUUUCUUGAAGAAAAGAAGAGAUCUGAGGAGCUUCUAUAUCAGGUUUUACCCAGAAGUGUAGCCAACCAGCUUCGGAUUGGCAAUCCUGUUGUUCCGGAGUCGUAUGAGAGCGUGACCAUCUACUUUUCUGAUAUUGUCGGGUUUACCGCCAUAUCUGCAAAUAGCACUCCAUUCCAGGAACGACCACUUCUUGUCGUGGAUCUCUUGAAUGACCUGUACUCGUGCUUUGAUUCUAUCAUAGAGCACUACGAUGUUUACAAGGUGGAAACUAUAGGCGACGCGUACAUGGUGGUGUCCGGCUUACCAGAAAGGAAUGGAACCGAACAUGCUCGGCAGAUUGCUCGACUUGCUCUCAACAUACUUCACAGCCUGCAAACAUUUGUUAUAAGACACCAACCGAAUACGCCUCUCCGUGCACGCAUCGGAUUACAUUCUGGUCCUGUAUGUGCGGGCGUGGUUGGGCGUAAGAUGCCUAGAUACUGUCUGUUUGGUGACACUGUCAACACUGCCAGUAGAAUGGAGUCUAACGGUGAACAAAUGAAGAUACACGUGAGUAAAGCCACAACGAGACUGUUGACGAGAUUUAACACGUUUGUUAUAGAAGAAAGGGGAGAAAUUGAUAUCAAGGGGAAAGGUUUAAUGAUGACAUAUUGGCUGAUUGAUGAGCUCUCAAGACAUUAUCAGCAGUUUAGUGUGGUUUGA